CUGUGCGUGAAGUCAGAGCUAUAUCCAGAGUAACGGCACCAGCUGCCUGCUGGCAGACAGACAACUAUUCCAGGAGCUCAGUGACUGAGUGCCCUUGGGCAACAAACUAGUCGAGGACGGAGCAACAACCCGAAGAAACAUGAAGUCCCUCCUGACUCUGCACCGCCUGGCCUCCAGAUCCUUCUCAACCUCUGGCAGAAGCCAAUUAAAGAACAGAGUCUUGGAGCAUCAGAAACUCUUUCAGGCAGACAACAACCUACCUGUUCACCUGAAGGGAGGAGCAGUGGACGCAGUAUUGUAUCGGAUCACCAUGGCCAUCACAGUUGGAGGUACCUUGUUCUCCUUCUACAGUUUAUUCCAGGCAGCGCUGCCAAAACCAAAGGCAUGAGGGAGCUCACCAGACACUAUCCGUUUGGGGUCCCCAUCGUAGCCCCACUGAAGUGAAGAAAACCAAGGGCAUUACUCUGCGUGUGAAAGAUGUGCGGGGAACUCUUGUGUCUCUCUUGCCAUUAAAAUGUUCUGAGAUGA